CGCUGGACGAAGAAGACCUGCUGAUGAACUCCACCCGGAAGACGACGCGAGCGCGCAAGACGGAGACGUCGAAGGGAACGAAGCGGAAGAAGGGGCCAAGCCAUCCGGCAGACGACGAUGCGAGCGGUUCCUCGGACGACGAUGUCGACCCCAACAACGAGCUCGAGCACGAGACCCAAGGCGAAAAUGGCCUGGACGAAGAGCCCCGUGAGGUCUUCAUGGCCCUCUUCAUCGAGAAGGGGAAGCUCGGUGUCGCAGUCUACGAUGCCAUGUCUACGAAGCUCAAGACCGCGCAGAUACCGAUCACGAACUCGGACCUUUCCCUCACGCUCGAAAUGCUCAAGACGCAGAUGGAGCCACGAGCGAUCGUCGUCUCCCACCGCAACUUUGCCAAAUUCGACAUAGACUUUCUCAAGUCGGACGAGUACACGGAGGUGUGCCACCGCAAACCCUCGGACUUUGGAUACGCCAAGGCUUGCAAAUCCAUUGCCAACUUGCGUAUCGGCACGGACUGGGAGCACUACGGCCGUGAUUUGAGCGAGACGACUGAGCACGACCUCUUUCAUUGUGAUUGGAAAGCGCUUACGACUAUGACGGCUAGACGGGAAGUGUUCAAGUACCUCGGCAGCUUCUUUGACUUCGACUCGCUCGAGAUGAUUCGGGCCGUCGGAGCGCUCUUGAUUUUUCUUUCGGCCGAAAACAUUGUCAACCAGCUCGAGACGACAACGACCAUCUCGAUUCUUGCGGUUGAGAAAGCGUCGCUGGAUGGCGUGAUGUUGAUCGAUGCCAUCGCUCUGAAGUCGCUCCAAAUCUUCAACGAGGAAUACCACCCAUCGCAGCUCCGUGCAUGGGAAAAGUCCAAGGAAGGCUUCAGCAUUUUCUCGCUCCUUGACCACACGAUGACCAAGUGCGGCAAAGCCAUGCUACGGCAAUGGAUGCUCAAACCGCUAACCGACAUUGACGCGAUCGAAGCCCGCCAAGAUGCCAUCCAGUUCUUCUUGGCAUCAAGUCGCAAUGACCUCGUCAACUCUCUCCUCGUCAAGCUCAAGGCUUUUAAAGACGUUGCGCGCAGCCUUCUUCACAUGAAGCAAAUGCGCUCGUCGGUGCAGGACUGGACUGUGUUCUACCAGUCCCUCAACAACUUUCUUGGCAUGCGGAAAGAAGUGACAAAGCUGCCCCGCGAUAUUCUCGACUCUAUUCGCCUUCUUGAGCGUAUCGCAAGCUUGGAGUCGUUGGAGCAAGUGUCCAACAUGCUCGGCAACGUCAUCGACUUUGAAGCAAGCAAGGACGAAGCCUACUGCGUCAUCCGCGAGGGAAUCUCCGAGGAGCUUGACCAAGCUCGGGAAAAGUUUGGCGAGAUUGACAAUGUGCUUCUCGACAUGUCCAAUGUGCUGGCCAAUGCGUACCCCGAAAUGCGUGGGAUCGCCGUUCAGUACAUCCCUCGCAUCGGCUACGCCAUUUGCUGCCCGCAGAGUUGCCAAGUCCCGCGAAGCUUUGAGUUUCAGUUUGAAGACGGGCUCCAGCGCUUUUACAAGGACGUGCGCUGCUGCAAGCUCGACGAAAGCUAUGGGGAUAUACAUGGCCAAAUUUUGGAUCUCCAGCAAGGCUUGCUUCUGGAGCUUUACGACGAGCUCAUGGAGCACGAAGUCACGUUUUACGACAUGAUCGACGUGGCUUCGGAGCUAGACUGCUUCCUCUCUUUGGCCCGAGCUGCGCGCGAGUUCAAUUUUACUCGGCCGGUCAUGUGCGAAGACAUCACGUUCGUCGCCAAGACCGCGCGGCAUCCGCUGCAAGAGCUCACGGUCGAGUCAUACAUCCCCAACGACGUCUCGCUCGACACCGCAACGGGCUUGAUCCACGUUCUUACGGGUGAAAACGGGUCUGGCAAAUCUGUCUACUUGAAGAUGGUUGGUGUGCUCCAGUACAUGGCCCAACUUGGAUCCUUCAUCCCCGUGUCGGAAGCUCGCAUCGGCAUCGUGACCAAGCUCUUCACGCGUAUUCAGAGCUUCGAGACUGUGUUGCUGUCGCACAGCUCUUUUACGAUUGACUGCAACCAAAUUGCAACGAUGCUCCGCCAUUGCGACGAGCGCAGUCUACUGCUCAUUGACGAAUUCGGCAAAGGCACGUCUGCGAUUGAUGGAGUUUGCCUUCUGGCGGCAGUGCUCAAGGACCUCAAAGACACCGUCCUGCGCCACGGGGGCCCGAAAAUUCUCAUGACGACACACUUUUUGGAAAUCUUUCAGGAGCCAUACUUGCGCGACCACUUGGAGUUUCGCGAAGUGCACCAAAUUGAGUGCAAGGACCAGGCUCGUAUCAUCGAGGAGACGUCCACAAUCGCUUGUUUCGUCAUGUCGUCCGUGCCGAUCAACGUGGCGUCAAAGGGCAACGUGCCAACCGCGGCCCUCUUCGAAGUAGUUCCGGGCAUUGCGACCUCGAGCAACGCGUUUCGCUGUGCGACGGUCGCAGGAGUCAACGAGCGCGUACUGACACGCGCCCAUGAUAUUCUCGACUGUCGCCGGUCCAAGACGCCAAUUGCGCCGUUGGCAGACACCAACAACCGCGAUGAAGCGUUCGAAGUCUUGACGAUGCUGUUUGUCAACGAAUCCAACUGGCUCAAUGCGUCAAGUUCGUCGCUCCACGCGCUUCUCGACCAAGCCCGCUCCAUCUCACUCGACUAAAACACGCAGUGUAUGCAUUCAAAUAUAAGGAUUCACGCGUCGAGCAACGUAAAGU